AUGGCUUCUUCUUCUUCUUCUUCUCAAGAAAAGCAUGAUGUGUUUCUAAGUUUCAGAGGUGAGGACACCCGUUUUGAUUUUACUAGCAAUCUCUAUCGUGCUUUGCGUGGAAAGAAUAUCCAAACCUACAUGGAUGAUCAAAAGAUUGAAAGUGGCCAUGAAAUCUCACCACAACUUAUGGAAGCGAUUCAGGAAUCUAAGAUUUGCAUAAUAGUUUUGUCCGAAAAUUUUGCAUCAUCGACAUGGUGUUUAGUUGAAUUGGUGCACAUACUUGAAUGCAAAGGAAAUGAGAAUAUUAUAUCGAUUUUUUAUGACAUAGAUCCAUCCAUUACAUGGAAACAAUUGGAUAGUUUUGCAGUAGCAUUUGCAAAACAUGAACAACGCUUUAAGGACGAAAUGGAGAAGGUGAAGCAGUGGAGGGGUGCUCUACAAAAAUUGGCUAAUCUGUGCGAUUAUGAUUCAAAGAAAUUCAGGGAUGAGCAUGAGUUGGUUAAAAAUAUUGCUGAAGAUAUUUUAUUGAAAUUGCGCAAAUAUCAAUUUGCUAAUGGAAGUAGAAUCAUUGUCACAAGUACAAAUAAGCAACUGCUUGUGACAAAGAAUUGUCAAAUUUACCAGUUGAAUGGUUUAGAUCACCGUGAUGCUCUUCAGCUCUCCUGUUUCCAUGCUUUUGGACCAAAUUCACUUGCAACAUGUUAUGAGGCUUUAUUAGAAAGUGUUGCACAUUAUGCAAAGGGCAAUCCAUUAGCUCUUAAAGUCUUUGGUUCUUCCCUUAAGUACAAAAGCGUAGAAGAAUGGAAAAGUGCAUUGGAUAAGCUGAAAACACAUCCAGAUCCUGAAAUUAAAAAAUUGUUGAGAAUAAGUUAUGAUGGAUUAGGCGAUAAAAGCAUCCAGGGUAUUUUUCUUGACAUUGCAUGCUUCUUUAUCAAUCAAAAAGACUGGGAAUGCAUGAUUCAGUGCAACUGGGAAUGCAUGAUUUACUAUGGCAAAUGGCUUGGGCAAUUGCUUGUGAUGAAAGCAAAGAUUGUGGCAAUCGUAGUAGGCUAUGGAAUAAUAAAGAUUCCCGCCAUGUAUUGGAAAGAAAUACAAUACCCCAUUGGAGAAUGCAAUUUCAGAGUCAGUCUUCCUGAUGGGGUUGAGCCUCUUGUUUCGGAUGACCUAAAAUAUUUUCAGUGGGAUACAUACCCUUUGAAAUAUUUGCCAUAUUUUAAUCCCGAGAAUCUUGUUCAACUUAUUAUGCGUGAGAGCCAACUUGAACUUCUUUGGAAUGAAAACCAGCCACUUGAGCUGGUGAAGUUAAAGAAGAUCGAUCUUAGUUAUUCUGAGCACCUUAUGCAAAUACCAAAUUUGUCUCGGCCUAUAAAUCUUGAAGUUUUGAAUCUUCAAGGUUGCAGUAGUUUGGUUCAACUUCCUUCAUUUUUUCAGAAUCUUGGCAAGCUUCAGUUUCUACAUUUGCAGGAUUGCUACAAUCUUGAAGAUGGCUUAGAAAAUCUUCCAAUCAGUGUAAGAAAAUUAUACCUGAGUAGGACAGCAAUUAAAAGAUUACCGGAGAGCAUUUGGAAGUUGAAAUAUCUAGAAUGGUUGGAUCUUUCUUUUUGCCGAAACUUGAGAAGGAUUCCAGAAAUCUCGUGCCAUAUGGAAUUCUUGGUUGAAAUUAAGUUAUAUGGAACAGAGAUUGAAGAGUUGCCGAAGUCAAUUGACAAUCUAACCAUUCUCAAAACUCUAUGUGUUUGGUGGUCGCAUGGAUAUGAUAGUGGAUGCAAUAAGAUGAGUAAGUUUCUUCCAAACAGCCUAUGUAAAUUAUUGCAUCUUCAAUAUUUGUACCUUGGGAAAUGUUCAUCACUUGAAGAAUUGCCUCCCCUUCCACAUGGUUUGCGUACAUUGAAUAUAGAAAAAUGCGAGAUACUGAAAUCGUUAGGAGAGCUUCCGUCAUCUUUAUUUCGUUUGUCUGCAAAGGAAUGUUCAUCAAUCGAAGAAUUGCCUCCCCUUCCACAUGGUUUGCAAUUAGGGGUGGGCAUGGAUGGGCAAAUUGUGAGAAAUUGA